GGGAAGGCUGGCGGGGGGGGAUAGAAAGAAGGAAACGAAUAAACAACCAUAAUCAUAAAAUUAUAUAGGGUGGGGGAAGUGGAGCAUGGGCUUAUGAGAUAGGGAAAAGGGAGAGGGGGGAUACCGGAGGAGAGGGCAAGAGCGAACACGAUCUGAUGUAUGAUGAUAAUAGAAUUUGUUGCUGAUCUUUUUCUAAAGUUGAUUCCGGAAUCCGCUCACCAAUUCAUCCAUCAACCCCUCCAGAAGCGACGUUCGAUCGAGUCAAACCACCCUUCUUUCCCUCAAACACCUUCAUCAAGUAUAAAGUUGGUCGUCUGCUGGCCGCUCAAAAACAUCUUCCCUCGCCCACCCGCCCGUCCAACCUAUUUCUUACAACGGGGCGGUCAACGCUCUCUAUCCAUACCCAUACGCGCAUCCAUCCAUCCAUCCAUCCAUCCAUCCCUUCUCUCUCCCUCUCUCUUUUCCGAUUUCAGCUGCCCUUCUUAUUCCCGAUCUCUCCUUGCCCGGGCCCAUCAUUCAAUCAUUUCCGCAGAUAGACAGGCGGCCCCAAAAGAAUAGGGAAAUAGGGAAUGAAAUAAGAAAAAUACGUUUUCCCAUCAUAAUCGCUCUUCGCCGCCCAUUCAGCUUUCUUUCCCCCUCCGCCUGCGUCGUAUGCAUUCACUCAUACAUCCAUAAACCCAUCCCCCCAUCUUUUUGCUGAUUGCUUCUAUCGCCUCGAGGCCCACGACAAGGCAACGGCCAACGGUGUUCGUUCCAUCUGGAUCAACCACCUUUGACCACACACCCCCCUCUUUCCCUCCCUCCCUCCUUCUUCCUUCCAUUUUCCGUUUUCCUCCCUUUCUCCAAUUCGAUCCAAUCCUAUCCCUGCUUUUAUCUGCGUGCUCGGGUCAGAACAUAGAACGUUACGCUGGGCCCUUGGCCUCUUAAAUAAAUAAAUGGCCGACAAGUCCUUCGCUCGCUCCAUUACGGAACGGAGCUCAUUUUUGUCGUCCCUUUUCUCCAGUGUCUCUACGACUCGGUGUACACCAGCUGCCUUGUGGCCAAUUCUGAUCGACAAUAUCAAACAGCCAAAAAUGGUCGGUGCUGUGCUCUGUGGUAUUCCCCUGGUAUAUGUCGGUCUACGGUCUUUGAGAGAGAGAAGGAGCAAGGAGGAGGAGGUGAGAAGCUUAAAGGGAGCUCCAGAUGAUGGGCACAGUGUGCAUAGCAACUAUGAGAGCCUCUCGAAUGCGAGUUCAUCAGUUUCAGAUUCUUCUCUUUUACGCAAGCAUUCGGAAAACAUAUCUGUCACCACUAAGCAUUACACAUAUCCUGCAGUUCGUGUUUUCUAUCGGCCACAUCCCAAGGCUUCCGUUCUUCCCCCCAAGCUCCCUCUGCUGGUCUUUCUGCAUGGGCUUGGGGGUCAGAUGUCUCAAUUUCAGUAUUUGCUCGAGUUCUUCGUUCACAUAUCUCAUACCCUUGCGAUUGACCUGCCGGGCUGUGGACCCUCUUCGGAAUUCUCCCCUAAGGAUUGGGAUGCAUACACUACCUCCCGAUUGGUAGAAUUGAUCGCGGAAGUGGUUAAUCAAAAACUUGAAGAUGGCCAACAGGUGGUCCUUUUAGGGCAUUCGAUGGGAUGUUCGCUCGCAGUAACUCUUAUAGCUGAGGGGGGCCUGUUAGCGGAUAGAUGUGCAGGGCUUAUAGCAAUCUGUCCCAAAGCUACCGUCUCCGAGAAGGAAUUAAAGACCUUAAAGACAGCAUUGGCAUUUCCGGAAUUCAUGUUCGAUCUAUUCCGGAUCUACGAUGGCCGGGGUGGAACAACAUCGAACUCAGUCACUCGGUUUGUUGGGUCAAAUUCUACGGAAAAGGUCAGAAAACUGCAGCUGCGUUUCAACAAAGAAUCACGAACACCCGUGUGGAGACGAAUGGUUAAUGGUAUUCGCCUACCAACAGAGGAGGAGUGGACCUCAGUCAAGUGCCCAACUUACCUUCUAGCGGCUUCGGAAGAUAAAGUUUGCGCCACAAAGGAAGUUGACUUGAUCCAUUCGUGGUUUGAUCCUGCAAAGAGAGGCGGAUCUGUAUCCACCACCAGCAUGGGUGGCUCCGCAGAUAGUACGCCAUCGUCGUCCCUUUCACCAUCUCCUGCGAGAACUAGGCCCGUCGUGAAGAAGUGCAUCAUCCCUGAUGCAGGACAUGGUGUGAUGUAUGAAACCCCGCAGGUUGUCAGUGGACUUAUCGGCGAUUUCUUGUCCGAAUAUGUUACCGAAGUCUUGUCCUUAGGCUGGCAGUUGUUAUAUCUCAAAGAAGACAAGUGGCUCCUGAAGAAUCUUGAGAAGUGGACUCGGAUCCAGAGCGUCAGUCCAAGGAUAGGCGGGUACAUUGACGGCUCAGGAGGACCGUAUGUGAAGUCUCCUUUCAGGGCCAUGAAGACGUUGAGGCAGAAUGACCCGAGCGGACACAACCCUGUUGAGUUCAGUGGGAAAUGGCCAGACGUAAAGGACGCGAUUGACAUCUCCCAUGAGCAACCACCGUAUGACCCGGAGACACUCGGGGAUGGUGUUAGGUAUCACAAGUUCCCGACAGUUUCCAAAAUUCCCCCAACCCAAGAUGAGGUGGCUAGCUUCAUCGAGCUCGUAGACUCGAUUAGGAAAGAACGCGGCUACAAUGAUAAUAUCACCAUCGCCUGUCAUUGCCAUUACGGAUUCAACAGGACGGGAUUUUUUGUUUGCUGUUACUUGAUUCAACGCUUGGGGUUUAACGUGGAACAAGCUAUAAAGGCCUUCAAGGAUGCAAGGCCGCCAGGGAUACGCCAUCCCCACUUCAUCAAUGAGCUUUUUGAGAGACAUUGUUUGGGUUUGGUUAGGGCGCCAACCUUUUAGAUCGCCACGUUUUACAUGCGAAAUCGGCAAUCUAAUCUCACACGCUUUCCCGAUAUCCCUACAGUUAUCUGUCUGAUCUUUCUACAAGUACAUUGUUACUGGGCCACUUUUAUUAGCGUCACCCUCUCACAUGACAUUAAUACUACAUUAUACCUCGUUUCAGUCUUAUUCCUAGCAUUCAAGGCACUAUGUCUUUGUUCGCUUGUCUAAUAUUUCGGGCUUUUCCUCUUUUUCUCAAUGGGCGCAAAGGCAGGCUUUAUUACGAUCAUUGGGAAUUUCAUAAUUGGGGCUGUAUUAUUUUUGUUUGAUCCCGAUUUCCUUAUAGCUGGGGGCGAAACUCUUUUUUUUUUUAACUGUAUUUGUAACACUCCUUUGCGUUCUUCCUCCCCAUUGGUCACUCGGAAUGUAAAUUUUUUUUUUGAAGGGGUAUGAUAUUGUUUCUGGACAAACACAGAAAUAUCCGGACAAAAUCACGGACCCUAUGUCCAAAUCCGUGUGGGACCUGACCGGAUAGUUUCCGGCACUUGUGGUGGGGUCACAAUUGUCCGGAUCCAGAACCAGACCAUUGGUAUCCCAUUUCAACUCCCAAUUUAGGUAUUCCAAUUUAGGUAUUCCAAACUGCCC